CGGCUGAAGUUGUUAAAAAGUCCACAUCCAUGGCGGAUAGAAUAAAGAUACACAAAACCAGACAGAUUUAAAAAGGCGGCUCUGUUCUUUCUCUCAUCAGGUCAAUUCCUCCCUCCCUUUCACCAUCUCUUCCUCCUUCCUUGAUCCUUCCAUUUUCUCUCUCUCUCUUUCUAUGAUUUCAACCAUUUUCUUGUCACUAUAAAGCUUCUUUAUUAUGAACUGAUCCCGCUGAAGCAUUAACUCUUCUUUUUUUUUUUUUUCUGGGAAUUCUGGGGAACUGAAAAAAAAAAAAACAGAGGAUUUGAAAUAAAUGGAGUUGCAAGUGAUGAUGCCUUCUCCAGCUGUGGAUUUCAACUUCGAUAGCAACUGUACUUCUCCAUACAUCAGCGCCCCUUCAAGUCCACAGCGUUUUGGCACAUUUUUCUACAGUGCCCCUACAAGUCCGACCCGGGUUUCUUCCUUUUACAGGGAAUUCAAUGAUUUCCCUGAAGAACCCAAUCAUAGUCUUCCUGCUUCCAAUGAUGAACAGUUGUCUUCUUCAGUUCCUUUUGAUUGGGAAGAAAAGCCCGGAACUCCCAAAUCCCAAGAAUCCCGUUUGCUCAGGGACGAGGACAAAGAUUUCGCCUUUGAUUUCAGCGGACAUUUGGAUGUCGGUUCAUUGUGUGCGGCGGAUGAGCUCUUCGAUGGCGGAAAAAUCAAGCCUCUGAAGCCGCCUCCUCGUUUACAAUUCGAUGGAAAUCCCGGCGCUGAUAAUUCCUUCAGCCCAAGAUCGCCUAAAUCGCCUAAGAAGAAGCUGAAGGAAGCGUUGUCUCCGAGGCAUUACAGAAAGAAGGACAUCGAUCCAUUUGAAGCAGCUCUGGAACAGAGUCGGAAACAGAGUGCUUCUUUUAUCGUCGUUGAUGAUGAAAAAAGAAGCAGAGGAAGGACUCAAAAUGUUCAAAAUCCAUCCUCAAGGCAAAAAGGGACGAGAUCUUUGUCCCCAUUUCGAGUUUCAGACUUGUUAAAUGAUCACGAAAGCAGUAAUAGUAGCCAAGAUAACAUCACCAAGAACGGUUCUUCAUCAUCUUCUUCGUCUUUCUCUUCGUUCUGGCAGAGGAAAUGGAAGCUGAAAGAUUUGUUACUGUUCAGAAGUGCAUCAGAGGGUCGGGCCACAGGCAAAGAACAGUUCAAAAAGUAUGCUUUGUUGAGAAGGAGUUCUGAGUCAGAUGAAGUUAAAAACUCGAGCUUUAGAUCAACAGAUAGUGUUGGAUCAUCAGUAUCGAGUUCAAAGAGAAGAGGGCAAGUUUCAGCUCAUGAAUUGCAUUACACAGCAAACAGAGCAGUUUCGGAAGAGCUUAAAAGGAAAACUUACUUGCCAUAUAAACAGGGCUUAUUGGGCUGCUUAGGAUUCAAUCCCGGAAUCCCAAUUCAUGAAAUUUCCAGAAGCUUUGGUUCUAUUCAUCGAACUAAUUAGUUCAGAAUUUUAUUAGUUCUGCUCAAGAGCAAAUAUUAUUUUUCAGAGAUGCUGCUGAUAAUCUCAGUCUGUGUAAUCCUGUAUCUAUUAGCCCAAAGAAGAACUACAAAUUGAAGUAUUUUUGCCUCUUUUAUUUGUUCUGGCGGUUGAUUCGCCUGUAAAAGGUGAUGAUUUUGUACUUAAUACGAUCAGUCAAUAUUCCGUUGAU